AUGCCGUUCGCCCAGCAGGGCGGGUCGACGGGCGUCAACUUUGCGUCGCAGGGUGCCGACACGGCGUUGCACUUCUUCACGGACCCAAACUUCGACUUCCAGAAGGAGGGCCAAAAGUACCAGCAGCUGAGCGGCGAGACGGGGAACGCCUUUGGCGGGCUCUGGCAGGACUUCAUGAACAUGGGCAUCCACACGGGCAUCGCCUAUGCCGGCGCGGGCGCCGACACGGCGACCGAGUGGGGCAAUGGCAAGGGCGACGGCGCCGCGACGGCCAACAAGUUCGGCGCGCUCAGCCAGACAACGGGCAACAACUUCAAUACGCUGACUUCAUGA